UCCUGGUUCCAUUCAUGUUCGGGCAACGGCUUCCCCUCCCCUGGCACGUGACGACGGUGGCUCUUCUCGCUCUACUAUCUUGGCUUCAGCGAGCGCCGCUUCCGGGUGGGUGUGGGGCUCGGCCGUGUUUUGUCCUGCCCUUAGGCGGUGAUAGCAGUAGCGGUGAAAGGAGGCAGAAGAAGGAGGCUCCCGGCAACAUGGCGGCGCGCAGAGCUGGUGGCGGAAAGCGCCGUACUAGCGGGAGCAGCGUCUGAGCCAGAGCUGAGAGGGACGCCAUGGAGAGCGAGGAGGAGCAGCACAUGACGACGCUGCUGUGCAUGGGCUUCUCGGACGCGGCCGCCAUCCGCAGGGCCCUUCGUUUGGCCAAGAACGACAUCAACGAGGCCGUGGCUUUGCUCACUAACGAGCGGCCCGGCCUACACUAUGAGCCCAUGGACAGCGGGGGAAGCGGAGGCAGCCAGGGAGGCGGCGGGCCGGGAGGCCACCAGCAAAGUGGCAGCACCCGCGGCGGAGGAGAUGGCGACGGCACCGGUGGCGGCAGCGGGGGUGGCGGCAGCAGCAGCGGCUUCGACCCGCCCCCUGCUUAUCAUGAGGUGGUGGAGAACGAGAAAAAUGAUGAAAAUGGGAACUGCUCUGGAGAAGGCAUUGAAUUUCCCACAACAAAUCUUUAUGAACUGGAGAGCCGAGUACUAACAGAUCAUUGGUCCAUCCCAUAUAAGCGGGAAGAGUCUUUGGGCAAGUGUCUAAUUGCAUCCACCUAUCUAGCAAGGCUGGGAGUUUCUGAUUCUGAUGAAAACUGCAAGAGAUUUAUGGAUAGGUGUAUGCCUGAAGCUUUUAAAAAGCUGUUGACAUCAAGUGCUGUUCAUAAAUGGGGUACUGAAAUUCAUGAGGGAAUCUACAACAUGUUGAUGCUAUUAGUAGAUCUGGCUGCUGAGAGAAUAAAGCAAGACCCUAUUCCUGUUGGCCUUCUAGCUGUUCUUACUAUGGCCCUUAAUCCUGACAAUGAGUAUCAUUUCAAAAACCGAAUGAAAGUGUGCCAAAGAAAUUGGGCAGAAGUAUUUGGUGAAGGAAACAUGUAUGCUGUCUCCCCCAUUUCUACUUUCCAGAAGGAACCACAUGGAUGGCUAGUGGACUUGGUGAACAGGUUUGCAGAAUUAGGUGGAUUUUUGGCAAUUCAGUCUAAAUUGCAUUCAGAAAAUAUUGAACUUGGGGCGGUUUCUUCACUGGUUCAGCCUUUGGGGGUUUGUGCAGAGUAUCUCAAUUCUUCAGUAGUGCAGCCAAUGCUGGAUCCAGUAAUUCAUAACAUGAUUAAAUAUGUACAAAAUGUAGAAGAAAAGGACCUGAAAGACAAGAGGCUGGUCAGUAUCCCUGAACUCUUAUCUGCCAUCAAGCUCCUUUGUAUGCGUUUCCAACCUGACUUAGUAACAAUAGUGGAUGACUUGCGGUUGGACAUUUUAUUGCGUAUGUUGAAAUCACCACACUUCAGUGCAAAAAUGAAUUCACUCAAAGAAGUAACAAAGCUUAUUGAAGACAGUACUGUAUCCAAAUCAGUGAAGAAUGCAAUAGAUACGGAUAGAUUAUUGAACUGGCUAGUAGAAAACUCUGUCUUGUCAAUUGCAUUGGAAGGUAAUAUAGAUCAGGCACAAUACUGUGAUCGUAUAAAGGGAAUAAUUGAGCUGCUGGGCAGCAAGUUGUCAUUAGAUGAACUAACUAAAAUUUGGAGAAUACAGUCAGGACAAUCAUCAACUGUGAUAGAGAACAUCCAUACAAUUAUUGCAGCAGCUGCUGUGAAAUUCAGUUCAGACCAGCUCAAUCAUCUCUUUGUCCUUAUUCAGAAGAGUUGGGAAUCUGAGAGUGAUAGAGUGAGACAGAAGCUGUUGAGCUUGAUAGGACGUAUUGGCCGGGAAGCACGUGUAGAGGCAACCACUGGAAAGGUUCUUGAGGUUCUAUGGGACUUAGCUCAUCUUCCAACAUUACCUAGCAGUUUAAUUCAACAGGCCUUGGAAGAACAUUUGACUAUCCUUAGUGAUGCAUAUGCAGUGAAAGAGGCAAUAAAAAGAAGCUACAUCAUCAAGUGUAUAGAAGACAUUAAGAGGUCAUCCCAGCAUAAUAAUCCUCAGUUUGUAUGGGUCGUACCAGCUUUACGUCAGCUCCAUGAAAUCACGCGUUCUUUUAUUAAGCAAACCUACCAAAAACAAGAUAAGAGCAUUAUUCAGGAUCUGAAGAAAAAUUUUGAGAUAGUGAAAUUGGUGACAGGAAGUUUAAUAGCAUGUCACCGUUUGGCUGCAUCAGUGGCAGGUCCUGGGGGCCUGACUGGAGUAACAUUAGUAGAUGGACGAUAUACAUAUCGGGAGUACUUAGAAGCACACUUGAAAUUUCUGGCAUUUUUCCUUCAAGAAGCUACCCUCUACUUGGGAUGGAAUCGUGCUCGGGAAAUCUGGGAAUGCCUAGUGACUGGCCAGGAUGUUUGUGAAUUAGAUCGAGAGAUGUGUUUUGAAUGGUUUACUAAAGGACAGCAUGAUCUUGAGAGUGAUGUGCAGCAACAGCUUUUUAAAGAAAAAAUUCUUAAACUGGAGUCCUAUGAAAUUACUAUGAAUGGUUUUGGUUUGUUUAAGACCUUUUUUGAAAACGUGAACCUCUGUGAUCACCGAUUGAAACGACAAGGAACCCAACUGCAUGUAGAAAAACUGGAAUUAAUUGGAAUGGAUUUUAUUUGGAAAAUUGCAAUGGAGUCACCUGAUGAAGAAAUAGCUAAUGAAGCAAUUCAGCUGAUAAUAAACUACAGUUAUAUUAAUCUAAAUCCUAGACUGAAAAAAGAUUCCGUAUCACUACAUAAGAAAUUUAUUGCUGAUUGUUACACAAGAUUAGAAGCAGCCAGUUCAGCUCUUGGUGGCCCAACACUGACACAUGCUGUUACCAGAGCUACCAAAAUGUUAACAGCAACUGCAAUGCCUACUGUGGCAACAUCUGUCCAGUCUCCCUACAGGUCAACAAAACUUAUAAUAAUUGAGAGACUGCUGCUGUUGGCAGAACGCUAUGUCAUCACUAUAGAGGAUCUUUACUCUGUUCCUCGAACUAUUCUACCUCAUGGUGCCUCCUUUCAUGGACAUCUUUUAACACUUAAUAUUACAUAUGAGUCUACCAAAGAUACCUUUACAGUAGAGGCGCAUAGCAAUGAAACCAUAGGGAGCGUCAGGUGGAAGAUAGCAAAGUUGUUGAACUCUCCUGUGGACAACAUUCAGAUAUUCGCAAAUGACAGUUUGUUAACAGUGAAUAAAGAUCAAAAACUACUACAUCAGUUGGGCUUUUCUGAUGAGCAAGCCCUUACUGUAAAGACAUCAGGAAGUGGUACCCCAUCAGGGAGCUCUGCAGAUUCCUCAGCUAGCUCCAGCAACAGCAGUAGUGUCUUCAGUUCAUCCUAUGCAAUGGAACAGGAAAAAUCCCUCCCUGGAGUGGUAAUGGCUCUGGUGUGUAAUGUAUUUGACAUGCUUUAUCAGCUUGCUAACCUAGAGGAGCCAAGGAUAACUCUGCGAGUAAGGCGGCUUCUUUUGUUGAUUCCAACUGAUCCAGCUAUUCAAGAAGCUCUUGAUCAACUAGAUUCUUUAGGACGAAAGAAAACAUUAUUGUCUGAAUCAAAUUCUCAAUCUUCAAAAUCCCCAUCACUGUCUACAAAGCAUCAACACCAGCCUAGUGCCAGUUCAAUACUUGAAAGCCUCUUUAGAUCUUUUGCUCCAGGAAUGUCUACUUUUAGAGUGCUCUACAACCUUGAGGUUCUGAGUUCCAAGUUAAUGCCUACAGCAGAUGAUGAAAUGGCAAGAAAUUGUGCCAGAUCUUUUUGUGAAAAUUUUCUCAGAGCAGGCGGUCUGAGCUUGGUGGUGAAUGUUAUGCAGAGAGACUCCAUCCCCACAGAAGUAGACUAUGAAACCAGACAGGGAGUUUAUUCCAUCUGUCUGCAGCUGGCAAGGUUUUUGCUUGUUGGGCAAACAAUGCCUACCUUACUUGAUGAGGAUCUGGCUAAAUAUGGAGUAGAAGCACUGUCUUCACGCCCAUUCCGAAACAUAAGUCGGCAGUCUACCAGACAGAUGUCAAUUUGUGGAACCCCCGAGAAGUCCUCUUACCGGCAGCUGUCUGUUUCAGACAGGUCUUCUAUCAGAGUGGAAGAGAUCAUUCCUGCUGCACGGGUUGCCAUACAAACCAUGGAAGCAAAUGACUUCACUUCCACAGUGGCUUGUUUCAUGCGUCUCUCGUGGGCUGCUGCUGCAGGACGGCUUGACCUGGUGGGAAGCAGCCAGCCCAUAAAAGAAAGUAAUACACUCUUCCCUGCUGGGAUUCGUAACCGACUUAGCAGCUCAGGAAGCAAUUGCAGUUCAGGAAGUGAAGGGGAGCCAACUGCUCUGCAUGCUGGAAUUUGUGUGAGGCAACAUUCUGUAUCCACCAAAGAUGCACUGAUCGCUGGUGAGGCCUUGUCUCUAUUAGUCACAUGCCUACAGCUUCGCAGUCAGCAGCUGGGAUCUUUCUACAACCUUCCCUGUGUCGCUGACUUCAUCAUAGACAUCUUGCUUGGCUCUCCAAGUGCCGAGAUUCGUCGUGUUGCCUGCGACCAGUUAUAUACUCUCAGUCAGACAGAUACAUCAGCUCACCCAGAUGUACAGAAACCAAACCAAUUUCUUUUGAGCGUCAUCCUUACUGCUCAGCUGCCCCUUUGGUCACCUACCAGUAUCAUGAGAGGAAUUAACCAGAGACUUUUAUCUCAAUGUACAGAGUACUUUGAUCUUAGGUGCCAAUUACUGGAUGAUCUCACAUCUUCAGAAAUGGAACAAUUAAAGAUUAGCCCAGCUGCCAUGUUGGAGGAUGAGAUCACAUGGUUGGAUAACUUUGAACCUGCCCGUGCAGCAGAGCAUGAAACUAGUGAAGCUGACAAUGUUUUAUUGGCUGGACACUUGAGGCUCAUUAAGACUCUUCUCUCGCUGUGUGGGUCCGAGAAAGAAAUGCUUGGCUCUUCUUUAAUCAAACCAUUAUUAGAUGACUUCCUCUUCCGAGCAUCUCGGAUUAUCCUGAACAGCCAUUCUCAGGCUGGCAGUGCUGCUGUUACCCAGCAAGACUUUCAUCCCAAAUGCAGCACAGUGAAUAGUCGAUUAGCAGCAUAUGAAGUGCUUGUAAUGUUGGCUGAUAGCUCACCUUCCAAUCUUCAGCUUAUUACAAAAGAACUACUUUCUAUGCAUCACCAGCUUGAUCCAGCUCUUUCCAAAGAGUUUGAUUAUCUCCCACCUGUAGAUGGUCGAUCUGUUUCAGGAUUUGUGGGACUGAAAAAUGGUGGAGCCACAUGUUACAUGAAUGCAGUCUUUCAGCAGCUCUAUAUGCAGCCAGGACUUCCUGAGGCUUUGCUUUCAAUUGAUGAUGAUAUGGACAACCCAGAUGACAGCGUAUUCUAUCAGGUUCAGUCUCUCUUCGGUCAUCUGAUGGAAAGCAAGCUACAGUAUUAUGUACCUGAAAACUUCUGGAAGAUCUUCAAGAUGUGGAACAAGGAGCUUUAUGUACGUGAGCAGCAAGAUGCUUAUGAGUUCUUCACCAGUCUUAUAGAUCAGAUGGAUGAAUACCUGAAGAAAAUAGGUCGAGACCAAAUAUUUAAGAACACUUUCCAGGGCAUCUACUCUGACCAAAAGAUCUGUAAGGACUGUCCUCAUAGGUAUGAACGAGAGGAAGCUUUUGUUGCUCUUAAUCUAGGAGUGACUUCAUGCCAAAGCCUGGAAAUUUCACUGGAUCAGUUUGUUAGAGGAGAAGUUCUGGAAGGAAGUAAUGCUUACUAUUGUGAGAAAUGUAAAGAGAAGAGAACUACAGUGAAACGGACCUGCAUUAAAGCUCUGCCAAGUGUGUUAGUGAUCCACCUCAUGAGAUUUGGAUUUGACUGGGAAAGUGGACGUUCCAUUAAAUAUGAUGAACAGAUUAAAUUUCCCUGGGUGCUGAACAUGGAACCCUAUACAGUUUCAGGAAUGGCUCGCCAAGAUUCUUCUUCAGAAGUUGGUGACAGUGGGCGAAAUGUAGAUCAGGGUGGUGCAGGAUCUCCCCGGAAGAAAGUUGCCCCUACAGAAAACUAUGAACUGGUUGGCGUGGUCGUGCACAGUGGGCAGGCUCAUGCAGGGCACUACUAUUCCUUCAUCAAGGACAGGAGGGGAUGCGGGAAAGGAAAAUGGUACAAAUUUAAUGAUACUGUUGUUGAAGAAUUUGAGUUGAAUGAUGAAACACUGGAGUAUGAAUGCUUUGGUGGAGAGUAUAGACCAAAAGUUUAUGAUCAGUCAAACCCCUAUCCUGAUGUUCGCCGUCGCUACUGGAAUGCCUACAUGCUCUUUUAUCAGAGAGUCUCUGAUCAGAACUCUCCUGUCCUGCCAAAGAAAAGCCGAGUCAGUGUUGUGCGUCAGGAAGCAGAGGAUCUCUCCUUAUCUGCACCAUCUUCACCAGAAGUUUCACCACAGUCAUCACCCCGACCCCAUAGACCCAGUAGCGAUCGUCUGUCGAUCUUGACCAAGCUAGUUAAAAAAGGAGAAAAAAAGGGGUUAUUUGUAGAGAAAAUGCCGGUUCGGAUAUAUCAGAUGGUGAGAGAUGAAAACCUGAAAUUUAUGAAGAACAGAGAUGUCUACAGCACUGACUAUUUUAGUUUUGUCCUGUCACUGGCUUCAUUAAAUGCUACAAAAUUAAAACACCCCCAUUACCCAUCUAUGGCAAGAAUGAGUUUACAACUAGCAGUCCAGUUCCUCUUCCAGACAUAUCUGCGAACUAAGAAAAAGCUCAGGGUUGACACAGAAGAAUGGAUUGCAACCAUGGAUGCUUUGGUUUCUAAAAGUUUUGAGGCUUGUCAGUGGUUGGUUGAAUACUUUGUUGGGGCAGAAGGACGAGAGCUUAUAAAGACUUUUCUGCUGGAAUGCAGUGUAAGAGAAGUCCGAGUUGCUGUAGCUACCAUUCUUGAAAAAACCUUAGACAGUGCCUUGUUGUAUCAAGAUAAGUUAAAAAGUCUACAUCAGCUAAUAGAAGUGCUAUUGGGUCUGCUGGACAAAGAUGUACCUGAAAAUUGUAAAAACUGUGCCCAGUAUUUCUUUUUGUUCAACAACUUUGUGCAAAAGCAGGGUUUAAGAGCUUGUGAUCUCCUCCUCAAGCAUUCUGCCUUGAAGCAUAUGAUAAACUUUCUUCUUGGCCCCAACCGGCAAAAUAACCAGAAUCGCAGAUGGAGUUCACCACAAGCACGUGAGUUUGGAUUCCUCCAUAAUACUGUGGCACUGCUUGUUUUGCACUCUGACGUCUCUUCACACAGGAAAGUGGCUCCUGGUCUGUUCACUUUGCAUUCACCUCUUGGCAUUACCACCUCAGGGCCACUGUUGGCUCUCCAUGAAGAGGUAGAAGCUUUGCUGUUCCUUCCUGAGGGGAAACCUUACUUAAUGGAGGUGAUGCAUGCUUUGAGGGAACUGACUGGAUCGUUGAUGUUUCUCCUUGAGAUGGUGGUAUAUUGCUGCUUUUGUAAUGAGCAUUUUUCCUUUACCAUACUACAUUUAAUUAAGAAUCAGCUGGAGACUGCGCCACCUCAUGAACUGAAAAACACUUUCCACCUUCUUCAUGAGAUAUUGAUUAUUGAAGACCCAUUGCAAAUAGAGCGGGUCAAGUUUGCAUUUGAAACAGAAAAUGGAUUGCUAGCUUUGAUGCAUCAUAGUAACCAUGUGGACAGCAGCCGCUGUUAUCAGUGUGUCAAAUUCUUAGUCACUCUUGCUCAGAAGUGCUCUGCUGCUAAAGAUUAUUUCAAAGAGAAUUCACAUCAUUGGAGCUGGGCUGUACAGUGGCUUCAAAUAAAGAUGUCCGAACACUACUGGGCUCCACAGAGUAAUGUAUCCAAUGAAACCUCAACCGCCAAAACCUUUCAGCGCACUAUUUCUGCACAGGACACAUUGGCAUAUGCCACAGCCUUGUUGAAUGAAAAAGAUCAAUCAGGAAGCAGUAAUGGAUCUGAGAGCAGUCCUGCCAAUGAGAAUGGAGGGAGACAUCUACAACAGGGCUCGGUGUCUCCCAUGAUGAUUGGUGAACCUAAAAGUGACCUUGAUGAUGUGGACCCUUAAUGGGUAGCUGCUAACUGAAGAAUAGAUGUUCUGCAGGAAUAUUGAGUAUCUGGCGCCUUUCUGAUCCUGCUAGAAUCCCAUCGCUUACAUCCUGAAAAGAAUCUGAAGUGAAGGCUCUCUAAGAAUCAGUGGCCAUGCUUCUUUCUAAAGAUUUCAAAGUAUUCUUCAGCUGAAAAGCUUAAGCAUAAGGCUGCAAGGGGCUCCUGACUUCCUUGGCAGUUCUUGUGAGAUUCUAGUCCAGGAAUGGGUACAGAAAGAUCUAUCAAAGAUUUUUACUAGUUAAAAGAGGAAAAAAAUCCAGUGGUUGAAAUUUUUAUUAUGUGAAUCUUUAAUGAGUGAAUGUAUAACUAUUGCUUUUUCUGUGAUGCUGCAAAAAAACUUUUGGUUUUUAUACAGAAGAAAAAAAAAUGACUGCCUUUAGGUAUGGUGGACAAAUUUUUAAUCUUUCUGAUAAUAUUGAAUAGAAAUAUUCAAAAUUAUGUAAAAAUGUGUGAUGAUUUACUUUUGGCAUUGUAAAAUAUUAGUUAAGAAUCAGUUUACACAAGAACCUUUGUAUUUAAUAUGUCUCCUGUGUAAUUUGUAUAGCGCUUUACAGAAAGGGCUCACUUAAACGCCCUUUUGUGUAAGGAUGGUUAUUCCUUAUGGAAUGGUUUUGGUACAAGGAACUCUGGAAUUGGUGACCUUUUUUGAUGUCAUAAGUAAAUGGGUAAGAGCAAUAAAAGAGCUUUGUUUAUUCCAAGAAUACAUGUAUGCAUUGUGGCAUCAAUGGAUCUUUGAAAAACUGUUGAUGAGUAAGUUUGAAAAAGCACUUUAAGACAGAAUUUUAUUGCUGUUUGCCUCCUUUAAAUCAUCAUUCUAAUACUUGGAGACAUAUUGAAUAAAUGGUAGUCUUAAUGAUGUGAUCUGCAAUCAUUUGCUUAUGCUUUUGAAACUGAGAGAAUUUGAAUUGGCUGUAUAUGAUUCCUUGAAUGACAUGAGUACAUGUGAAUUUUUAGAAAACAUUUUAACACAGGCAAAGGAUAGUUGGUUUUGUUUUGCUGAACCAGGCAUACUGCAGAUUUACUUGCUCCUUAAUAACUGGAAACCAAUUGAACUUCAUGGGUGCACCUUUUUUGUUUUCCCAUGGAGAGUGCAGUUUAAGUGAUCUUUCUCCACCAGUUCUGCAUAUUAGCUUCUGUUGUGCCAAUUUAGAGUUUCAUUUUCAGUUUUCUGUACUGCUUUUGGCCUUUUGUUCAUGGAUUUUGCCUUAAUUUGAACAAAAUGCCCCAUGCGCAUGAAUUGAGUGGAAAAUUUACAGAGUGCCUGGGUUAUUGCCAUUGAGGAAAGAUUUGCCAAGUCAAAGGCACAACCAACCAAAAAGUGCCUUUUUUUUCUUUUUACUUUUAUGUCCUGUUGCAAAACCUGAUUUGACAGACAGCUUUCUUCACUGUUGAAGGAAACAGCCAUACAUCUUUCAGUUGCAAUUCUUUACCACAUAUGUGAAUCAAAGAAACAUUGCUAGUAUUGCAUGUGCAAAGUGAUGACACCUUUUGAAUUUCUUGUCUUCACUGAAACAUGAUGGAAUUUAACCAUUUUAUAAAACCCCUCCAAAUAAGUUUCUAGGAAAUUUUAGUGAUAUUUUAAAAGUUUUGAAUAAAUGUUAAUGCUCUUUUCCAUAGUGCUUCAACUAAAUCUGAGCAAGUAUACAGAGAUCAUAUUAUAGGGAAGUAUCACUCUUAUUUAUGUAAAGCAAGUUAAGUCAUUUCCAUUAUUUCCUAUGGAAAAGCUGGUUUUCUUACCACAGGUUGCAGUUGUAUUUGCCUUGCCUGUGAUUUUUGCAUUGCUUGCAAAAUCACAAGAAUGAUCUGUUUUGCCAUCAUAUAUCCUAAAACCAUUGUAGGCUGUUUCCUGCUCCUCUUCCUGCUUGUACAAAGUUGAUUAUUAUCGGUUUUUAAUAAGAUACUUUGUUGGUUAUCUGGUUUCCUGCUGCUGUCACUUGAACCUGCUGAAGAAUAUUUUUUUUAAAAAAAAUGCAACAAAUCUAGUUUGCUGUGUAAAUUGUGACAUGUUUCUAUGUUGUGAUCACUUUUACUGCCAGUCUUUUUUGGAUGAAAAAUGGAUUUUAUACAUAUUAACAGAAUAUUCUGCAGGGGCAACUACAGUACAUACUGUAGGGGCUCAUUGUAUGCAUUUGUCCAGCUGAUUCCUUAAGGCACUUGAUACUGGAAAAGAAAAGGCAGUUUUCAUGGAAAAAUCCUAGUCAGUGGAAUAAAGUUUAUUCCUUUCACCAAAA